AUGGAGCUCCAGAAUUCGGUCAAAGAAGCCCUAAAUGCACUGUAUCAUCACCCUGACGAUGCCGUUCGCAUGGAAGCCGAUCGCUGGCUCCAGAGCUUUCAGCGCACCCUCGAUGCCUGGCAGGUUGCUGACAAUCUGCUCCACGAUGCCACGAGCAAUAUGGAAACACUAAUCUUUUGUUCUCAAACCCUUAGGAGCAAGGUACAACGAGAUUUCGAAGAGCUACCUUCUGAAGCCUUUCGCCCGUUGCAAACCUCAUUGAAUACAUUGCUGAAAAAAUUUCAUAUAGGGCCACCAAAAGUCAGGACUCAGAUCAGUAUUGCUGUUGCUGCCUUGGCUGUACAAGUUCCUGCGGAGGAUUGGGGAGAUGGUGGUAUUGUGAAUUGGCUCAGGGAUGAGAUGAAUUCUCAUCCAGAGUACAUACCAGGAUUCCUGGAGUUGCUUACAGUUUUGCCCGAGGAAACCUUCAAUCACAAAAUUGCAGCUCGUCCAGAAAGAAGACGUCAAUUUGAAAAGGAGCUCACAUCUCAGAUGGAAGUGGCUCUUAGCAUAUUGACUGCUUGUUUGAAGAUAAAUGAACUCAAGGAGCAGGUUCUCGAGGCAUUUGCUUCUUGGCUGCGCCUAAGGCACGGGGUCCCAGGUUCUGUGCUUGCAAUGCAUCCAUUGGUCCAUACUGCUCUUUCAAGCUUGAAUUCUGAGUUUCUGUCUGAGGCAGCUGUAAAUGUGGUUUCGGAAUUGAUACACUACACAACAGCAAAACAUUCUGGUGGUAUUCCUGUCCAGAUGCCUUUAAUUCAAGUGAUUGUGCCCCAAGUGAUGAGUUUAAAGGAACAACUUCGAGAUUCUUCGAAGGAUGAAGAAGAUGUGAAGGCAAUUGCUCGAUUAUUUGCUGACUUGGGUGAUUCAUAUGUCGAGCUUAUUGCUACUGGUUCUGAUGAACCAAUGGUGAUAGUCCAUGCGUUGCUGGAAGUUGCUUCACAUCCAGAAUAUGACAUUGCCUCAAUGACAUUCAAUUUUUGGCAUAAUCUUCAAGUGUUCUUGACUAGGAGGGAUUCCUACCUUUCUUACGGCAAUGAAGCAUCUGCCGAAGCCGAGAGAAAUAGGAGGCUGCAGAUUUUUCAGGCAGCUUAUGAGUCACUUGUAUCGCUGGUUAGCUUCCGCGUCCAGUAUCCACAGGAUUAUCAGAACCUAUCAAUUGAAGACCUGAAGGAAUUUAAACAGACUAGAUAUGCUGUUGCGGAUGUGCUAAUUGAUGCAGCAUCAGUGUUAGGGGGUGAUGCCAUUCUGAGAAUUCUGUAUGUGAAGCUCGCUGAGGCGCAAGCUUGCUGGGGGAAUGGACAGAAUGAGUGGCGUCCUGCAGAAGCUGCUUUGUUUUGUGUGAGGGCUAUAUCAAAAUAUGUUUCAACUGACGAGGCUGAAGUGAUGCCUAAGAUUAUGUCUUUGCUUUUGGAACUUCCAGAUCAGCCCCAGCUGCUUCAGACAGUUUGCUUAAUCAUUGGAGCAUAUUCAAGGUGGCUCGAUGCUGCAUCAGAUGGGCUGGCAUUAUUGUCUUCAGUGAUAAAGGUUUUACUACGUGGCAUGGGUACAUCUGAAGAGUCAGCAGCUGCUGCAGCUUUGGCAUUUCGACACAUUUGUGAUGAUUGUCGGAAGAAGCUUUCUGGGUAUUUUGAUGAUCUCUUUUCCAUAUACCAUCGAGCAGUUAUUGGAGAGGGUGCUUUUAAAGUCACUGCUGAGGACUCACUCCAUGUAGUUGAAGCCUUAAGUAUGGUCAUCACAGAACUGCCUCCUGACCAGGCAAAGCAAGCUUUAGAGAAGUUAUGCUUUCCAGUGGUUGCUCCUUUACAGGAAAUUAUCAGUCAGGGUCCAGAAGUAGUUGGUAAGAAGCAUUCUCGUGAACUGACGGUCCAUAUUGAUCGACUUGCAUACAUCUUCAGGUAUGUGAAUCACCCGGAAGCUGUGGCUGAUGCAAUACAUAGGCUCUGGCCGCUACUGAAAGCAAUUUUUGACAUUCGUGCUUGGGAGAUGAGGACAAUGGAGUCUUUGUGCCGAGCUUGUAAAUAUGCGGUAAGGACUUCUGGCAGGUUCAUGGGAGUCACAAUUGGUGUUAUGCUAGAGGAGAUUGAACGCCUAUACAGGCAACACCACCAACCAUGCUUCCUAUACCUUUCAAGUGAAGUCAUAAAAAUAUUUGGUUCUGAUCCAUCCUGUGCAUUAUACCUGAAAAGCUUGAUUGAAGCGCUCUUCACGCAUACGAAGUGCCUUCUUACGAAUAUAGAGGACUUCACCUUGCGGCCAGAUAUAGCAGAUGAUUGCUUCUUACUGGCGUCGAGGUGCAUGCGUUACUGUCCUCAGCUAUUCAUUCCGUCUGAAGUAUUCCCUUCAUUAGUCGAUUGUGCUCUGAUCGGUGUGACAGUACAGCAUAGAGAGGCCUCCAACUCCAUACUGACCUUCCUGUCCGACAUCUUUGACCUUCGGAAAUCUAACCUUGAAGAACAGUUCUUAUCGAUCAGGGACAACGUUAUCGCUCCACGGGGUCCCACUAUUACCAGAAUAUUGAUUGCUUCAUUAACCGGGGCACUGCCGAGUUCCCGACUAGAAACGGUAACAUACACAUUACUAUCACUAGCUCGGGCAGCAGGGGCCGCCGUGGUGGAGUGGGGUAAGGAGAGUGUCGCCUUGAUCCCAUCGACAGCAGUCACAGAAGUCGAAAGCACGAGAUUCUUGCAAGUGCUGUCAGAUGCUGCUUCAGGAGUGGACAUCAACACGCUAAUGGGACCGGUCGAAGAGCUGUCAGACCUUUGCAGGCGGAACCGAAUGGUUCAGGAGAUCGUACAAGGAGUGCUAAGGCCACUGUCGUUGAAAUGA